AGGAGGUGUGCUAGGAAGAGGCUUGUCUAUUUCCCUUUAUUCAUCAAGUUUCUUCUAACUGUUAAGUCACUCUGAUCUCUGAGUCCCAGGCUCUUACAGUUGGACACACCUUGCCAGUGCCUCAGAAAGAUUCCAUGAUUGUCUUAAUGGAAAAUAUUGGGAAUGAGACUGAUUGGUGGGAGUUGAUGGACGAGUUUGCAAAUUUCACUGGCACACCACCCACAGAAGAAUAUAGUCCCUGUAGGAUAGAGAUUGAAACACUCAACAAAUAUGCUGUACUGGUCAUCUAUGCUCUGGUCUUCAUGCUGAGCCUGCUGGGAAACUCCCUGGUGAUACUGGUUGUCUUAUACAGUCAGGUCAGCCGAUCUGUCACUGAUGUCUAUCUGCUGAACCUGGCCAUAGCUGACUUGCUCUUCGCCCUAACCUUACCUAUCUGGGCUGCCUCCAAGGCAAAGGGCUGGAUCUUUGGCACAGCCCUGUGCAAGGUGGUCUCUUUUCUGAAGGAAGUCAAUUUCUACAGUGGUAUUUUACUACUGGCCUGCAUCAGCGUGGACCGCUACCUGGCCAUUGUCCAUGCCACACGCACGCUGACUCGGAAGCGGCACUGGGUCAAGUUCAUAUGCUUAGGCAUCUGGGCCCUGUCCUUGCUCUUGGCCCUGCCCAUCUUCAUAUUCCGUGAGGCCAUCGAGCCCCCCUAUUCCAGCCCAGUCUGCUAUGAGGACAUGGGUGCCAAUACUGCAAAAUGGCGGAUGGUGUUGCGGGUCCUGCCCCAGAUUUUUGGCUUCCUCCUGCCCUUGAUGGUCAUGCUGUUUUGCUAUGGACUCACCCUGCGCACGCUGUUUGAGGCCCACAUGGGGCAGAAACACCGGGCCAUGAGGGUCAUCUUUGCUGUCGUGCUCAUCUUCCUGCUCUGCUGGCUGCCCUACAACCUGGUCCUGGUCGCAGACACCCUCAUGAGGCUCCGGGCGAUCAAAGAGACCUGUGAGCGCCGCAAUGACAUUGGCCGCGCCCUGGAUGCCACCGAGAUUCUGGGCUUCUUCCACAGCUGCCUCAAUCCCAUCAUCUACGCCUUCAUUGGCCAGAAGUUUCGCCAUGGACUCAUCAAGAUCAUGGCCAUCCAUGGCCUCAUCAGCAAGGAGCACUUGUCCAAGGACAGCAGGCCUUCCUUUGUUGGCUCUUCUUCAGGGAACACUUCUACUACCUUCUAGGCCCCUGCCCCUGUUGCAGCCCCUCGGGGCUCCUCCCUUGCCAUCAACACCCCAUUCUAAGCCUCACGCCCACUGGCUGUCCACAGUCUCUAUGUCAAGGCAGCCCCCGUUGUGGUUACAGGAAGUUACUGGGGUCACGUCCUCAUCAGGCCCUCCUUGUAUGGUUGAGAAAGCCUGCCCUGCUGCCCCUCCCCUUACUGUAGUUGCUAUGUCAGCUGCUAGAGCUCAGUCCAUCCUACCACUGAGCCCAUAGCACCCUGUCCCCUGAGACACUUAAAGACAUUUAACAGACAUUCUUUUAAGUGACUACAGAAAGUUCCCACCAUUGGGAGCCAUUAGUGGCAAACAGCAUUGGUUGCUGCCCCAACUCUCUCUUUCUUGCCUGUCAGCAAAGUCCACUUCCCUUGAGAGAGGCCAAAAUGGACAGGUACUCCUUUCUAAGACUCCUUUUUGCUAGGAGUGGCCUUAUCAUUCACUUCUGACUAAUAAGAUUUAAGGGCAUUAGUGUGCUGGUCAACCACUGUCCUGGGGAAAAAAAAAGUCCUGAUUUGUAGCAUUUGCCAAGUUGCCUGGUGUAAAUGCUCCACCGUGGCGAUGUCACGGGUGGUGGUGUUUAGUAACCAGCUCACAAAAAUCUAGGAAAUGUAAUGAUCUGCUUUCACAAGCAGGUACAAACUGGCUUCAGUGCACCAUUGCUUAAGAGGAAGUCUGCUGGGACCGGAGGACUCCUGGGAAGUACUCCUGAUUGAACAAAGAAAGAGAGGGGCACCUGGGCCACCUCAGUUAAGCAUUUGACUUUUGAUUUGGUCUCAAGUAAUGAUCCCAGGGUAUGCCGGGCUCAUGUCAUGGAUUAUUCGGUUAAGAAAUGAUCCCAAGGUCAUGGGAUCAAGCCUCAUCUUGGGCUCUGCACUGAGUGUGGAGCUUGCUUAAGAUUCUCUCUUUCUCUGUCUCUGCCCUUCUCCCCCACUCACACACACUCUCCUUCUAAAAUAAAAUGAAAACAAUUUAAAAGAAAGAAUAAAGAGACACACACACACA